AUGUCAUCAAGUGAAACUAUAAAAGAAAUUGUGAGCAAAUGUGAAGAUACAAAAGAAACUGCGAACAAAUGUGAAGUUAAACAAGAAACUGUAAUAAAAAGUGACGAUAAAGUAGAAAUUGUGACUACAAUUGGAGAUAAAAAAAACGAAGUUGAAGAAGAUAAUUCUGUAGUUGAAUGGUAUAAUGGUCUUGCAAAAGCAUAUCCAGAUUCAAAAGAAUUACAAUUCAUGAAUUAUGGUUAUGCUCAUUUAGAUCAAGAUCAAGAUGCUGAAACUGGACAAUGCUAUGUCCAAUUAUAUGAACAGGUUAUUGCUGGUAAAACAAUAAAAGAUAAAGAUAUUCUUGAAGUAAGUUGUGGUCGAGGUGCUGGUGCUGCAUGGUGUGUUGAAAAAUAUAGUCCACAAUCAUAUAUUGGCUUGGAUGCAUCGUCAAAUGUGAUUGAAUUAUGUAAACGAAAUCAUUCAAAUAUAAAAAAUUUAUCAUUUGUUGUUUCAAAUGCAUCGAAACCAUUUCCAUUUCCUGAUCAAUCAUUUGAUAUUGUUUUAUCUGUUGAAGCAACACAUGCAUAUGGUGGUCCAAAAGCUGUUCGUCAAUUUGCACAUGAAGUUGCUCGUGUACUUCGUCCAAAUGGUUAUUUAUUAUGGUGUGAUACAUGUCAUAUAGAUCAAACAGGUUCAUCUAUUGAAUAUCUUACAGAUGGAGGAGAAUUAAUUGUUGAAGAAAAAGUGAAUAUUACAAAAAAUGUUCUUCGUGCACGUGAUAUCAUGAAUAAAUCAGGUGUCGAAUUUAUCGAUCGGGUUAUUCCAAUGAAUCAACGUAAAUUAUGGCUUGAUUUUGCUGGAAUGCCUGGUUCGUUAAUUUAUGAAAAUCUACGUGAAGAACGUAUCAUUUAUUGGAGAGCUGUAUUAACAAAAAAAUAA